CGGAGAGGUGACUAUGCCUCCCAAACAAGUUCAAUUGCAAGAGUCUAUCGAAAGUCAAGAUCAGUGGGACAAAUUUCUAGACAAAGAUGGUCUACUAGUGGUCGAUGUCUAUUCCAAGUGGUGUGGACCCUGCAAAGCUGUUACGGGUCUACUGCGACGGAUAAAGAACGAACUAGGCGAUGAUUUGCUCAAAUUUGCGACGGCUGUUUCUGACACGAUUGAUAGUCUAGAGAACUAUCGAGAUAAAUCACAACCAACGUUUCUGUUCUAUGGGGUGAGAUGUGAUGAUGGACCUAAAGGUCAUGAACUUCAAGGUGUUGUACGAGGUGCUAACGGUCCACUUAUUCAGAAAUCUAUUAAAGAACUUUUAGAGCAGGAACAUAAAAUACAAGAUGGUCACAUGGAACGUCCUGAAUUUAUAGAUGAGAUGCUGAAGAGUGCUGUUAUUGAAGAUCUUGUAGAGGAAGAAGAAGAGAAAGAGAGCAGCCCUCAAGUGGCUUCUAAGCGUAAAGACGUUACUGUGGCAAUCAUCAAGCCUGACGCGGUUGCUAAAGGUUUGGUGGAUGAUAUUCUUGAGAAAGUGAAGUCUCGUGGGUUAGAAGUGUUGGCACAUGAAGAACGAGUUCUAACAAGAGAAGAAGCUGCUGAGUUCUACAGUCACCACUCUGAGUCUGAAACGUUUGAGGAGCUACUAGAUUACAUGUCAAGUGGUCCAUGUCAUGUUUUGGUAUUGACUAAAGGUGUCACUGGUGAAGAUGCAGUUCCUGAACUGCGAUCUUUAGUUGGUCCUACUGAUUCUGAGAAGGCCAAAGAAGAGGCUCCAGACACUUUACGAGCAAUGUAUGGGACUAAUCACAUUCAAAAUGCUAUUCAUGCUUGUGACUCUGGUGAAAGUGCUGCCAGAGAGUUAGCAUUUUUCUUUCCUGAUUUUGGGGCACCAUGGGUGGCUGGUAGGGAGCCAAAGAUUCAAAAAACAUUUGCUCUCUUACGACCUGAUGCUGCUAGAGAUCACAAAGAUGAGAUACUUGCUAAAGUGAAAGAAGCUGGUUUUACUAUUGCACUAGAGAAGGAGAUUCAGCUUACAGAUGAACAAAUUGCAGAGUUUUAUGGUCAUCACACAGACAAGGACUGGUUUGGAGACUUUACUGAUCACAUGAAAAGUGGUCCAGUUUUGGCACUGGCAUUAGCAAGAGAAGAGGCUGUUGAGAAGUGGCGAGCGCUGAUUGGACCCAAAGAUAUACAACAAGCUAAAGAGGAAGCUCCUGAAUCGCUGCGAGCUGAAUUCAGCACUGAGAAUUCUCCCUUCAAUGCUUUACACGGGGCUGACAAUCUUGAUAAUGCUGAACAUGAACUCAACUAUUUCUUUCCAGUGGAAAAGACUGUUGCAGUUGUGAAACCAUCUGCAUUUGAUGCAAAAGAUAAUAUUGUUGAGAAGAUUAAAGAGGCCGGCUUUGAUGUUGUUCUUCAAAAAGAUCACCAUCUUACGAAAGAGCUGGCACAACAACUUUAUCAUGAACACGAAGGCAAGGAGUUCUAUGAAGGCUUGACUGACUACAUGAGCAGUGGACCAUCUCAUUUCAUGGUCUUGUCAAGACAUGAUGCCAUAGCAGGCUUAAGAGCUGUAAUGGGACCCACAGAUCCCGACGAAGCAAGAGAAAAAUAUCCUGAUUCGCUGAGAGCUUUGUUUGGUGAAGACAAAAUGAAGAAUAGUAUUCACGGCAGUUCCAAUCCUGAUCAUGCAGAAAGAAUUAUUAAGACAUUCUUUGGAGACAGUGAAUUGGAGUUUGAUGCAGCACAAGCUGCUGUGGUGGAAGAUGCCGUUGCACAACCAGAAACAACAGCCACUACUGCAGAAGAGAACACAGAGGAAGAGACGGUCACAGCAGCAGCAGAUGAGGGUGGCACUGGUGAAUCUACAGAGUAAAUCUUGUCUGGUAUUAAAGCACUGCUGUACUGAUCAUGACUGUAUAAUUUUUUAUAUGUAUCGAUAUCUCAACAGUAGACAAGAUUUCUUUAGUGCUGUUGUUUGUAUACUACCUAGAUCGAGGCACCUGGCAUUGCCCCAUAUAUAAAGGCACAGUCUAUUAUAAGCUAAUUAGUGCUUA